CGUCCGUCAGUAGUGCAGUUAAUCGCACCGUGAAAGACGUGGGUGGAAGGGGGCUGCAGCUUCGUAACAGGACUCAACAGUACAGUGUGUGUGUACUAAUGCACAAUCACAUUACAUUCCAGUAAAUGCUUCGAACCGCGUUUGGCUGGUUACCGUUUGAAGAUACACCUACCAUCGAUCGCAGCCAGGGACAACAUGGCUUCUCUACUCGAACAGCUUAAACAAUUCUCAACUGUUGUGGCAGAUACCGGUGAUUUCGAGCUCAUCGACCAGUACAAGCCGGUAGAUGCCACCACAAAUCCAUCUCUCAUCUUGGCGGCUGCUCAGAUCGACAAAUACCGUGGCCUGGUCGACGACGCUGUCGCCUAUGGCAAGAACAGUGCAAGCUCUCUCGAGGAAAAGAUCACGGCAACAAUGGAGAAACUCUUCGUCAAUUUUGGUGUGGAAAUCUUGAAGAUUGUCCCAGGAAGGGUGUCCACAGAGGUCGAUGCUCGGCUGUCGUUUGACACGGAGGCUCAGAUUGCCACGGCUAAGAGGCUGAUUGCACUGUAUGAGGAGCAGGGUAUUAAGAAGGAGAGAGUUCUCAUCAAGCUCAGCUCGACGUGGGAGGGUAUUCAAGCUGCAAGGCAUCUAGAGGCGGAGGAUGGUAUCCACUGUAACCUUACCCUCCUCUUCUCCUUCGUUCAGGCUGUCGCUUGUGCAGAAGCCAACGUGACUCUAAUCUCGCCGUUUGUGGGUCGUAUCAGAGACUGGUACAAAGCCAACGCAUGCAAGGCUGAUUAUGAGCCCAAAGAGGAUCCAGGUGUGUCGAGUGUUAAGAAGAUUUACAACUACUACAAGAAGUUUGGAUACCCGACGGUUGUUAUGGGAACCUCCAUCCGCCGAAUAGGCGACAUUCAAGAGCUGGCUGGCUUGGACCUCUUCACUAUCAGUCCAAGUCUGCUUGAAGAACUGAAAGCAACUAAUGCUCCUCUUACUCGCAAGAUGUCAGUGCAACUAGCUCAUGCAUCACCAGUGGAAAAACUGUCCCUCUCGGAGCAGCAGUUCCGUUGGCUCUUCAACGAAAAUCCCAUGGCCGUGGAGAAGCUCUCAGAUGGAAUCCGGAAGUUUGCCGCAGACACAAUCAAACUGGAGAAUUUGUUGAAAGAGAAAUUGGUUGCUUAAAGCAAAUUAAUGGAGUCAUAACAAGAGAAGAAUGCCACAACCUGUAAUAGUCGCUAGAUUAGCUGUAGUUUGUCGAAUACAUUUUAUAACGAGUUGUUGAUCAUUUUGGAUUGAAAUUUUUCAAAUUCUUUGCAGAAAGUGCAGUUCCAAAGUAUGCUGUGUACCUCAUGUUAUAUUUAAUGGUCUCUUUUUUUGCAUAUCUCUGGGAAGUAAUGGUACAUUUUAGAGAGUAUCUUUUAAAACACAGUAACUGUAAAAAAACUGUGUAUAUGAUUGGUAAUAGGUUUCAUAUCGGUUACUCGGUUCCGAAGAAGGGCGUGACAAAUUACUGAAGUAUCUGUGAUUUUAGAGUCUCUUCACAUAGUGCAAUAUUAGCAUAAUCUUUGCCAUUCUCUUAAGACAUUAGGGUGUAAUCACAAGCUAUCAUGAUCACCGGUAAAAAAAUAAACACCGAUGCAUUUUUCAAGACAUGCUCUGGUAACUCACGCAAAGGGUUAUACACGUUACAUUAUGUCAAUGCACAUGAUUCUUCAAAAGAAACUUUAAACAAAUGCUGCUCAAAAUUAUUAAGAAAACAAAGUAUAUUUAAAACAAGCAUUCACAGUCACACUCAUGUUUUACAUGCUAGUACAAAGAGACAAAAUUGCCCUUAAAAAUAAUAUAUGAUUUGUAUUCAAAAAAAGUAAAUGCCAAUUUACUCUCUCAUUGUUUUUAGCCAUAUCCUCUUCUGCAAGGAAUUCCCAGCAAAAUUCUCGUGAAACCGAGUCAUAAACUGUUAGUUGUUAACAUUUAGAUUUUGUUUUAACCUUUCAAGUUCUCUUGUAAAUACUGCUGCAAGUAUACACAGACAUGUAUCUGAUGAAAUCAGUGGCGUAACUGGAGGUUGGCUUGGGGAACAUGUUCCCCCAACAUCGGUUUUGGCUCCCCCCCCAUUUGAAAUUUUGAAAUGUGGCGGCCCAUGUUCAAGCCAAAAUUAGAUUGCUUUCAGUGUCCCGUUGAAAAACAAAAUGUAUGCCUACCUGGAAACCUUUUCAGAAACCUCUGCCUACAGUAACGUCAUUGAAUGAAGUAGUUUAACGACUUAAGCUUAUUCUCUACACUGUAGUUUAUGCCGUUUAUUCUACCUAGGUGAUUGAACUUAACCCAAUAGGUGUUUAAAAGUAGAGCUCUUGACCUUCAUUUUCACAGGAGGGUGGAGACCCGGAUUAGUUCCGUAACAUAAAGUCUAAAAAAUGCCGCAUUUCCCCUAAAGUAACAGCAUAUCCUUGCCACUCCAACGAACCUUUUUAACUGUUGCAAGGAAUGGCCCCACCUCAUUGGGCCGCAUUCAGAAAGACCCCCACCCUCUGUUGAUCCCCCUGCAAACAUGAAGGUUUACACCCUUCUGUCAUACUACUCCCAGUCACCCUUUGCCCUCAUACCCAUUCUUUGGUUCUUGUCUCUCUUGUUUCCAUUCUUCCUGACUAUGAAACGGUACAACGUAUCCACUUAAAAUAAUGGUGAUGGGCGAGGAAUAUUAUCAGAAAUGAAACUGAAAUAAAUGCCCAAAGAGGCGAACUGUUGGACCCCAGCCACGGCAACUUUUUGUUCACACAACGUUGCUUGACCAGGGAACACGACUUAAAAACAUGGCUAGGUAACGACUUGUCAUCAAGCUUAACUUUACUAAAAAAAAACACCAAGUUUCGAAACAUUCGUUCGUGCUAUUUUGCUCACAUAGUGCAUGGGGAUUUUGUUUGUUUACGAAUUUACGAUUUCAUGACGAAAUCAUUCUUCAAGUAUCCUACACCUGCAGGCUUAAAGGGGAUGGGCCAGGUACGGUUAAACUGAUGCUAUUUUGGUUUGGUUUAUUUAUUUCCCAUACUAUGCACAAUUUAAAUAAUAUAAGGUAAUGAAACUAAAUUAAAUAGUAUGGAGGGAGGUCAGACAAAAAGCCUAAGCUUUUACGGGGUGUGUCCCCUGCAAAAAUAGUACAUGUAAAUUUACAAUUCUUGAGAGAAAAACUGUCAAAAUUAAUAUUAAUACAGAAUAAUGUGUGAAGAUCUUCAUUUGUUCAAGUUAGUAAAUAGUUGUGUACAACAACGACACAAAAUCCUAAUUACAGGUUUAAAAAUAUGUAUAAAUACAACUUUGGCAUUGUUUAGAAGAAAUCAUACUGUCAAUUGUCCACCGCAUUUAAUAAAAGUUUCCUAUGAUGCCUUCUACAAAAAAAAAAGAUUUGAUUUGGUUCCAGAGAAGGGGUCCCUAGGAUCUGACAGCGGAAAGGCGAAUAGAUGUUCUGACUUAAUCAAGAUGAAGCUUAGUUGAAGACCUGGUGUUAUAAUUGUGAAUACCAGUGUCAUUACCAGCACACUGUCGUAAAAGUUGGUACCUUAAUCCUGCCCUAACUUACUCUUUAUAAUGGGUUUUGCGGUUUUUGUCAUAAAAAACCGAGAGCUGGGGGGGGGGUGGUUGCAGGCUGCCAAGGGCAGUAGCCCACGUUAUUUGCGCUCAGGUAAUCGCCAUAGUUGAUAGGUUAACAAAGUGAAACUGGUAUAGCAGCAGUGACCGGUCAACACAGAAUGUUGUAAAGUCACCUCCAUAGUAUUGACACAGCAUUUCCUGGGGGCGGGCCUUAGACCAUAGUAAUGUUGGAAAGUACUGUUGCCAAUAAUUCAUUUUUCUCAUUUACACAAAUCCUGAGGGGGUAGUGUAUGUAUCUCCCCAUCUUUGGUGGUGGGAUGAUGGGCCGUGGAAUCAUCCCACACACUUUUUGUGAUAAGCAAAAAAAUUAAAAGUGUAGAAUGAUUUUAA